AUGGCAUACUACAUAGGCAGACUUGAUGCAUUCGAUAGCUCCACGGAGGAUUGGAACACGUACAUCGAACGCCUUGAACAAUUCUUUGCCGCAAACGAAGUGGAGGAGGAUAAGUAUGUGCCUGUCCUGCUGAGCGCAAUGGGAGGAAAAGCAUACAGCCUUCUUCGAAGCCUAACGGCUCGGGAUAAACCCUCCGGUAAGAGCUAUGAUGAGAUUGUGGAGACCUAUACAGGGGAAAAAGUUGUCCCUAUUGGGGUGCUGUCUGUACAAGUGGAAGAUAACAAACAGGAAGAUGUGUUAGACCUGUAUGUCCUAGAGAAAGGAGGCGCACCACUCUGGGGACGUGAGUGGCUGAGGAAGCUGAGACUUGAUUGGAGCGCCAUAAAAAGUCUCCAUGUUUUGUCCAAGGCACGCCCUGUUCCCUACGCCAUCCGGCCUCUUGUGGAGAAGGAGCUGGACCGUCUGGAAGCCCAGGGGAUACUUUCCAGAGUCGACUGGAGCCCGUGGGCGACCCCUGUGGUUCCUAUCGUUAAGAAAAAUGGCACAGUGAGACUUUGUGGUGACUUUAAAGUCACGGUUAACCCAGUAUUUCAAGUGGAGCAAUACCCACUACCGAGGAUUGAGGACAUUUUUGCAAACCUGUCUGGGGGAAAGCGUUUUUCAAAAGUGGAUUUAGCAGACGCAUACCUCCAGAUGGAAAUGGAAGAGGACUCGAAGACAUUUAUGACCAUAAAUACCAUCAAGGGUCUAUAUCGCUACAACAGGCUGGUGUUUGGAGUGGCCUCUGCUCCAGCAAUAUGGCAACGAGCCAUGGACCAGGUGUUACAAGGGGUACCAGGCACACAAUGCUACCUCGAUGACAUCAUCGUGACAGGAGGCACUGAUAGGGAGCACUUAGAGAACCUGAGACAAGUCCUGAAGAGACUACAAGAGUAUGGACUCCGAGCUAGGAGAGAAAAAUGUGAGUUUUUCAAAUCCAGCGUCACAUAUUGCGGACACACCAUUGAUGUAAACGGGCUACACAAAUGUCAGGAGAAGGUCCAGGCAGUGUUAAAGGCUCCUCGACCCGAAGAUGUGUCACAGCUGAGAUCCUUUCUGGGGUUUGUGAACUAUUAUCACAGAUUCUUGCCUAACCUGGCAACUGCGCUCCAUUCCCUCAAUCAGCUCCUCCAGACAGGACGUAAAUGGGAGUUGACCAGGGACUGCGAGCGUGCAUUUAGGGAAGCAAAGACCCUUGUGACAUCACCCACAGUCCUAACCCACUACAACCCUUCUCUACCAGUAAAGCUGGCCUGUGACGCUUCACCGUAUGGCAUCGGGGCAGUGAUGUCUCACGUUAUGGAUGAUGGCAGUGAACGCCCAAUAGCUUUUGCAUCUCGAUCCCUUACUAAGGCAGAGAAAAAUUAUGCCCAGAUUGACAAAGAAGCACUGAGCUUGGUGUGGGGGGUAAAGCGUUUUAACCAGUAUUUGUUUGGAAGAGAAUUUACUCUCAUAACCGACCAUCAGCCCCUCAUGUCGAUCUUCAGUCCUCAAAAGGGGGUUCCAGUGACAGCUGCUGCUUGUAUGCAGCGCUGGGCAUUGUUUCUCGGAGGACAUCAGUACAAGAUAGAGUUCCAGAGGACUGGAGUCCACGCUGACGCAGACGGAUUGUCACGUUUGCCUCUGAAUGAUAUCAACAACAAACAGGACGACUGCUGUGCACUGGACAUGUUCACCCUCAGCCAGAUCGAAAGCCCACCCAUCACUGCUGAGAUGGUACAGGCUGAGACUAAACGUGACAAGACAUUGUCUCAAGUUUACCUGGCCACACAGGCUGGCUGGACUACAGCCCACAAAACCACCCUAGCUCCGUUCUACCAGCGUAGGAAUGAACUUACCUUGAAUACCGGCUGUGUUAUGUGGGGAACAAGAGUUAUCAUACCAAGUAACCUCAGAACUAAGGUUUUGGAGGAACUGCACUCCGGCCAUCUGGGGGUGGUAAAAAUGAAGGCGCUAGCCAGGAGCUUUGUGUGGUGGCCCGGAAUUGACCAGGAUGUGGAAAGCGUAGCCAUGAAAUGUUCUGGCUGCCAGCAGGUGCAAAAUGAACCAGCACGUAGCCCACUUCACCUGUGGGAAUGGCCUGCAUCCCCAUGGCAACGCAUUCAUGUGGAUUUUGCAGGACCUUUCAUGGGCACAAACUUCCUAGUAGUAGUGGAUGCAUGUUCCAAAUGGCCAGAGGUUUUCACUAUGAACUCCACCACAACAAACCAAACAAUAACAGUGCUUCGAGAGCUCUUUGCCAGAACGGGAGUUCCAGAGCAAUUAGUCAGUGAUAACGGGCCCCAAUUCACGAGUGAGGACUUCCAAACAUUUCUGAGGAACAAUGGGAUCCGGCACAUUACUUCAGCUCCCUGGCAUCCAGCUACUAAUGGCCAGGCAGAAAGGUUUGUUCAGACUUUGAAACAAGGCCUCAAAGCAAUGAAUGGUGACCAUAUCAACCUGCACCAAAAGCUGUGUAACCUCUUGUUUGCUUACAGAAAUGCCACACAUGCCACCACCAACCAGACACCAGCUAUGCUGUUCCUGGGACGACGGCUUCGUUCGCGAUUGGAUCUUCUUCAGCCAAACAACAAACGCACUGUCCAAGACAGACAAAUUAAACAGGCUAAAAGGGCCUGUGACAGGAAACUUCGUCACUUUGUCGUUGGACAGACUGUAUUAGCUAGAAGUUACAGAGGAGAUCAUAAAUGGGUCCCGACCACAGUGAAAGAACGACACGGCCCUCUGUCUUACACUGUCGAAGUUGCAUCAGGCGCUGUUUGGCGGCGCCAUGUUGAUCAGUUGAGAAGCUCUGGACUGACCUUAGAGGAACACUUGUCCGUGGUGUCCACCAGUGCUGAAAAAGGAGGGCAGACAGCGGCACCUGAGUCUUCUGCAAUGGACUGUCCGUCAGUCUUUAUUCCUGCAUCGACCACUGACACCAGUGCCCCAGGGGGUAACCAGGCGGACACGUCUGGCGAAGAGGAACGUUACCCCACCCGUGUCCAUAGGCCUCCGCAAAGACUGAUAGAGGAAUGACUUUACAGCUACCAAGCUAAUUUCUAAUCUUUAAUAUUGAACAAUGUUUAUUACAGUUAUUUAAGUACAGUUUACAGUUACUUGUAUUUAAAACAAAAACAAAACAA